UGUCGAGGCGGAAUUUUUCGUGGGGCCUUUAGCAACAAUUUCUCAUAUUUUUCAGCAACAAACUGUGAAAUACGCUUUGAAAAUCAAAUGGAAAUAUCAGCAGGUUAACGAUGGAGGAGGGUGAUCAUUUUGACGUCUCGCGUACGGGAUAGAAAUAUUAUGUCAAACAAACACUUCACGGAUGAAACUCCUCGAAGAAGAGUUCGCAGGACACCCUCUCACGACUCGGAAAGACAUCACAGCAGCGAUAUUAAAGUAGCUAGACCACUGGACGUUACAGAAAAUGUACCCACCUCACCAUAUUCCGAAAGGUCAUUUCAUUACAUGGGACCUCAUGGUGGUGGUACAGUUCCAAGUCCGACCCGAUCUGUCCAACCUGUGAGCCCUCACAGAAACGUGAAUUAUCCUCACCAUGCUUUCCAGAGAAGUUUUAGUCAACCUGUGGGAUCCACUGGUGAACUCUCUCCACGAUCACCCUUUCCUCAUUCUGUUGUGUCACCUUCACAUUAUCAGUCUUCAUCACCCAUGUAUGUUUCUCCAGCGCCUUCUCCUUCAGCUCCGCCUUCAACACCGUCAUGUGCAACACCCAGUAGUGUUACCUAUACCCUUUCUCGUGGACCAGGCUCAGUUAGCCCAAGAGGCUCUGGGUUAAAAACGCCAGAAUUUUAUCCCGGCUUACCUGACGGAUCACAAUUGAGUCCUGCAGAUCCCAGUUUUCCAAUGCCAUAUUCAUCAGAACAUUUUGCUAACCCAAGAGAACAGCAGUUUGUUUACAGCGGAGGAGGCCCUUCUCCUGGAGGUACAAUUCAUCAUCUUGGAUAUAAUACACCUCGUAGAACACCACCACUGCAAAGUCCCUCAUUAUUUCCAAAUCAGUUAUCACCUGGUACAGUCACUUCUCGAAAUCAGUCUGUAUCAAGUCCUCAGGGUUCCAUCAAUCCUCAUGCUGCUACAAGUGUCAGUAGGACUCAUGGAGUGCCAAGCAGAGCAGGUGAUAAAUCUGCUGGCUUGUCAUCUGAUUUUUCAGAAACUGCAAAAUUACGACAGCUUGUUAUUGGAUAUUACAAUGGAGAACUUGAAACAUUAAAAGCUAAUUUUCGGGAGAAGCUCCAGGAGCUCUAUUUUCUUCAAACUGGAGGAAAUAUGAUGGACUUCUUAUUAUGGAAGAAAAGACCAAGUCCCCAAUUCCUUGCAUUUCUCAAUUCAAAUCGACUAGAUGACGCAUCUGGAACAAAUCCUACACUUUCAACAAUCACUGUCUCACCAUCAUCUAGGCUUCCUCAAAGCUUUAUGUGGCCUCAACAACAGGCAGAAUCAAGCACUGCUGGUACAGUCAACUAUAAUGCCUUGCAAAGGCAAGUUUAUGAACAAGCUGGUCUUGAUCCAAGGAAAACUGUGCCUGGCAAUUUCAGUGCAAAUCCUGGUUAUAAAUCGCAGUUGUCUGUUUCUGAAGGAAUCGCACCUAAUGUUUCCCCUUUUACUGGAAACCAGCCAAUUCCCAGAUCAAAUGUGGUAAACACAGUUCCACCAUUUUCACGAUCAGUUUCUUUACCAAAUCCUCCAUUAGAGGCACAUGUACCACCAGGACAUGGUAGCAGUCAUUUUGGGAGUGAGUCUGUAACAGCUCCACCAGUCCCUAAUAAUCACAUGUCUGGUGUCAACACAGCACAGCCAGGAAUGUCUAGUCCGACAAUUUCUAAUGGGCCUACUCCGCUUACUCAUGGAGCAAGGACAACGUUGAACACUAGGGGUCAGUCCUUGUCAGCAGUAAUUGAACAUUCAUUUAGCUCUCAGGAGGAUAUUGCUGUUGAAGCGAAAAAGGAGGCUGAGGUGCUCAAGAGAGUUGCUGAACUACGUAAGGAGGGUAUCUGGUCUUUGACUAGACUUCCUAAGGUUCAGGAAACAACGAGGUGCAAAGCUCAUUGGGAUUAUCUACUUGAGGAAAUGCACUGGCUAGCGACUGACUUUGCUCAAGAGAGAAGGUGGAAGAGAGGCAUUUGUAAGAAGAUAUCCAGAGCAGUCCUGAAGUACCACCAAGAACAGAAAAGCAAAGAGGUGAAGGCGGAAAAGGAAGAAUCUGUUCGUCUUCGGAAAAUUGCUGCAAGCAUUGCAAAGGAAAUCAAGCAAUUCUGGUCUUCUGUUGAAAAGGUUGUUCAAUACAAGGUUCAAAGCAGAUUGGAAGAAAACCGGAAGAAAGCUCUAGACCUUCAGCUCAACUUUAUAGUAGAUCAGACAGAGAAGUAUUCGUCGUGGUUGGCAGAGAGCCUUGCUGUUCCACCUUCUAGCGGCCCUGCCUCUGUGGUAUCCGCUGGGGGUUCCUCUCCUGUCUCCUCUAAGCCUGAAACAGGUGGUGACAGUGAGUUUGAACCCACUGAGGAAGCUGACGAUGAGGAAACAAUUGAUGUCGAAGAAGCACAAGAACUGUCUGCCUCCAGAGAGAAGGAACUUGAGCUUUUAAGGCAGGAAAGUGAAAUUCCCCUGGAAAAACUGUUGGAGGACUUACCACCAGAGAUGCUUGAGGAGAGAAGUGAUGAAAGUGGUUCUGAAGAGAGUGAAGAUUCAUCUGCUGAAGAUGAAAGUGAGGCAUCAAGCAAAGAAAGUGAUAAUAGCGACAUUGAAGUGGAUGUUGAAGGCAACAAUGACGAAGAGCAAGAAGCCAAGGAAAAGCAGAAAACAUCACAGAUACGGAAAACCAGCGUAGAUAAAGAGGCAGUGGAGGCAGAUGAAGAGUUUGUGAUGACUGAGGGAGGUACAGAAGAUGACGAUGAACAAACAUUGGAAGAAGAAGAGAAGAUGGAGGAAGAUCUUGAUCACAAAGAUGAGAUUGACAACCUUCAGAAGGAAGGUGAAAUGCCCAUUGAGGAGCUGAUGAAGAUGUACAGUGCUGCUGAAAACGAAUCUACAGAUUUGCAGAGUGACGAAGAGAGCUCACAAGAAUCUUCUGAGGAAGAGUUGAGUGAUAAUGAAGGAAUGGAGUACCUUGUAAAACAAGAGAAAGACAGAGCCAGUGAAUCACAGAGUGCAGAUUCUGAUCCUGACCAAGAAUUGACAGAUGCUGCGGCAACAGCACAGAGCUUGCAACCUCGAGGAUUCACUCUAGAAACCACUGAAAUCAAGACCAAAGUACCCUUCUUGCUUCGUGGAACUCUGCGUGAAUAUCAGUUAAUUGGUCUAGACUGGUUGGUAACAAUGCAUGAGAAACAUUUGAAUGGUAUCCUGGCAGAUGAAAUGGGUCUGGGCAAAACCAUCCAAACAAUAGCAUUGCUUGCUCACCUGGCUUGUGAGAAAUGUGUGUGGGGUCCUCACCUUGUUGUAGUUCCUACAUCUGUGAUGCUCAAUUGGGAGCUGGAGUUCAAGAAAUGGUGUCCUGGGUUCAAGAUCUUGACUUAUUAUGGUAGCCAAAAAGAAAGGAAGGCUAAAAGACAGGGCUGGACAAAACCGAAUGCCUUUCAUGUUUGCAUCACAUCAUACAAGCUGGUUAUUCAAGAUCAUCAGGCUUUCAGAAGAAAGAAGUGGAAGUACUUCAUUCUCGAUGAGGCCCAAAACAUCAAGAACUUUAAGUCUCAAAGAUGGCAGUAUCUACUAAACUUCAACAGCCACUGCAGACUGCUUCUGACUGGAACUCCCUUACAGAACAGCUUAAUGGAACUUUGGUCGUUGAUGCACUUCUUAAUGCCACAUGUUUUCCAGUCACACAAAGACUUCAAGGAAUGGUUUUCUAACCCUUUGUCAGGCAUGAUUGAAGGGAGCAGAGAGUACAAUGAAGGACUCAUCAAAAGACUUCAUAAAGUUCUUCGACCAUUUCUGUUGAGAAGAUUGAAACUAGAAGUGGAAACCCAGAUGCCCAAGAAAUAUGAACACUUGGUCCGAUGCCGCUUAUCAAAGAGACAACGUUAUCUUUAUGAUGACUUUAUGUCUAAAACCAAAACAAAGGAGACAUUGGAAUCUGGUCACUUCCUCAGUGUUAUCAACAUUCUCAUGCAACUCAGAAAGGUAUGCAAUCAUCCAGACCUGUUUGAGCCAAGACCAACAGUUUCACCAUUCAUCACAGAAGGCAUUGAGUUUUGUACUGCAUCAUUAGUGCUCAAAGCUUUGGAAUAUAACCCUCUUAAACAAAUUAACUUUGGUUACUUGAACUUGUGUAUUGCGGACAUAGAAAGGACAGUAACGAGCUAUGCUGCUUAUCGUACGCAGUCUCUUCAAACACCAGCACAAAUGAUCAUUGAAGUAGAUUCUUACCCUGAACCAACAAGGCGUCUGGUUCCACCAGUAAAACCAAGAAGGAUUUCAUUGUCUGGUUAUCCUGUGGCACCAUUAACUGGUGUUAAGACCGACAUUUCUAACAGCAUUCAUCCAAGUGGGCAACACAUGCCAGUUAUGCCCCCUCCCCCUUACUCUGCACACCCACAACACAGGAUGCAUGGCACUACUUGCACACCAGGGAAUCUUCCCCAUGUCACCCCUCCUGGUUGGUCACAAGACUUGCCAGGUUAUCCACCACGCCCUGGUUAUGUAGGAUCAUUACCAGGAAGAAUGCCACCUGGAACUCCUGAUGGACAACAGGUACAUGGUUAUUCAACACGUCACAGUACUGGAACUGGUGGCAGCUAUCCACCAUCUAGAUUACUUGUGGCUGGUUAUGGAAGGGAAAUGCCACCACCUCCACCCUAUCCAGGGCAUGGUGCAGGAUAUGACUCUCAGCGUCAGCAUAUGGCAGUGACGCAUCCACCAUGGUCAGCAUCAGUUCCUGUGACAGCUGGUGCCACUUCUGAAUCACGGCAGCUUGUAUCUGGUAGUACAAGCCUACCAGCAGUGCAGGGUCGAGCACCAGUGGCACCAACUGUCCAAGAUGGUGUAGCAAAUAGACUGUCUCAUCCAGAACCAAAACCUUUGUCUGUGUCUCCAACCAAGAGGAUCGCUCUUGAUGCAAGCAAACCAACAAUUCCAGUUCCUGCAGUCCAGCCCAACAAAGAUUCCCCAUUCUACAUGGAGAGCCUUGCAGACAAAAGAGCUAAAGAAAGAAAACAGAAGCUUGUACGCAUCGCACAAGUGAACAGUCGCCAUUGUCAUGCUCAACCAGUUUAUGGACUGGACUUGGUCCAGGCUGUAUCUGUAGUUAAUGAUGUGUGGCAUACAGUCAGUUGUUGUGAAUACUUGACAAGUGUGUUGAAGACUCCAGAGGACAGAGUGAGUGAAAUGAAGGAAGCCAUUAACAGGUUUGUGUUUGUAAUCCCUGCUGCGGAGGCCCCUCCCAUCAAACUGCAUGCAUCCCAUGUUCCGCCUUCUCACUUGGCAAAUAUGCAACACCUUGAAGAGAAGCUUCACAAGGAGCUGAUGCCAAGGACAACUUUCAUGCAUCCUAUCACCAGGGGCAUGAAAAUGCAGUUCCCUGAAGUACGGCUUAUUCAGUAUGAUUGUGGUAAGCUGCAAACUCUUGAUCAUCUUCUGAGGAGACUGAAAGCAGAAAAACACAGGGCACUGAUCUUCACUCAAAUGACCAAGAUGCUUGAUGUGUUAGAAAGCUUUCUAAAUUACCAUGGGUACAUCUACCUGAGGUUGGAUGGAACAACAAGAGUAGAGCAAAGACAGGUCUUGAUGGAGCGCUUCAAUGCAGAUUCACGCAUCUUCUGCUUCAUCCUGUCCACACGCAGUGGUGGCCUUGGAGUAAAUCUCACUGGUGCUGAUACAGUCAUAUUUUACGACAGUGACUGGAAUCCAACAAUGGAUGCUCAGGCACAGGACAGGUGUCACCGUAUUGGCCAGACAAGAGAUGUCCACAUCUACAGACUGAUCAGUGAGCGUACAGUUGAGGAGAAUAUCCUGAAGAAAGCCAAUCAGAAAAGAAUGUUGGGUAACAUUGCUAUUGAAGGAGGCAACUUCACCACAGCAUAUUUUAAAGAAAGUACUUUGAAAGAUCUCUUCACUAUUGAACCAUCAGAACCUACAAACACCCAGUCAAGUGUUCCUAAGGCACCUCCCAGUGUUGACGUGGAGACAGGAGAAGAGUCUCAAGAAGAGCCAGAGGCAUCUUCAGAGAAUGCAGAAGUCAGUGGUGCGAAGGCUGGUGGUGGAAAGAUGUCGCAGACCCAACUGGAGCAGGCAUUGUUCAAGGCUGAAGAUGAACAGGAUGCUUGUGCUGCUACUAGAGCUAAGGCUGAACAGGCUGCUGAGUUGGCAGAAUUUGAUGAGGGAAUCCCUUUGAGUGAAGAUGGCAAAGGUUUACGAAAGGAAGAGGAACAAUCAAAAGUGGAGGAAGAGCUGUCUGCACUGGAGAGCCAGAUGUCUGCUGUGGAACGAUAUGCAAUUCGUUUCCUUGAGUCAUCUGGUAAUUACAUCACACUGGAACAAAUAAAAGCAGCCAAGGAUGAGGUUGAGAUGGCUAAGAAAGACUGGGAACUUGGUCACCUACAAGCUCUGAAGAAGGAAGAAGAGAAAAGAGCUGCUGAAGAAGAGGACGAGAUCUUGUACACGUACACACGGGAGGAAGCUUUGCAGGUGUAUGUAAAUGAUGCUACUGGUGAGGAAAUGCCGAUCUGGACCCCACCGACCCCUCCCCGAGAUGGACAAGAUGAGGUGUAUGUUGAUCCAUGUCAAAAUUACUUAUAUGACUCCACACCUAUGGCAGCCAGUCGUCUGCCACCUCUGUAUUUAACCAGGCCACAUCAAACUGGAAAGAGGACUGUGUACAAAUCUAUUGUUUACUUCAGAGACCAACUUCAGGGAGCUGCUAAAGAUCGCGUCAGCCGACCCACAUCAGUGUUUGACAGAAAUGGAUUUGAUCCGUUUGCUAGGAACCGUCGGAAUUCCUUGAGUAAGAAGUCCAAGAUGAAGCAGAUGAAACAGCAAGUUGCUCCCAGUAUCCCCAAACAAACAGAUUUCUCCCAGGGUGCAAGUGUUCCAGAUUGGUUGAUACACGAAGAUUGGGCAUUACUUCAGGCUGUUAACUCACUACAAGAGUUGCCAGUGGAUCUUGCUGUGAAUGUUCCAAGCCAAACACCGAACUGGGACAUUGUCUGUGACAUUGUCAAUCUCACAAGCAAGACAUUCCGUUCAGCUCGCCAGUGCCGUGAUCGCUACUUGAACAUGAUCAUUCCAAGGGAGGAGGGCAAAGUUCCUUUGCCUGCAGCAGAGGAGACCUUGAAGAAAUUAAAGACAAGAUAUAAGUCAUUCACUCAGCCAUACCUUACACAGUCGCACAAUUUACCAGUCAAGAUCAAAGGCACUAGUGGCAGACCUUUUAAGACACAUCAUUUGUUAGCUCAAGAUGCUGGUCGUUCACCUACUAUUGUACGUUCAUCCGUGUUUGAACUUGUCAAAAGGACAUCUCAGAAGAGGAAACCAACCCUCAAGCAACUGUUGGUGGAUCCACAGUUAAAGAAUUUCAAGCACUCUGCUGUCUUGAGUGCAAGUGGGAUUUCAGAGGAAAAGACUUUGAAUCCAGUACAACUGGCUACUAUGAAAACAGAAAGAAUCGCUCGAGAGAAGGCUGCUGCUGCACAGAAUGCUGCGUUACAGCAGCAGCAACAACAGCAACAGCAGCAGCAACAGCAACAAAAUCAACCUGUGGCAGCACCUUCACAGCUGCCGCAACCACAGGCAGCCCAGCUUACCCAACAGACUGUGACAAAACAGCUGCCAAGUACAACACCACAGCUUCCUGCUCAAAAACUAACCACUACCACACAGCUUAACUCUUCACCUACUGCUGCCGCUGCAGCACUUCAGAAAAAUGCAGCUCUUCAGGGAGCUACAGGAACCACGCCUGCAUCCACUUUGCUGAAGACUACAGCUGCCGGAAUUGUGCUCAGUGGUCAAACUGUACCUGCUGCAGGUACCUCGAGUAUUGUGGUUAAUACUCACAAGGGCAAUGCUGCAGGUCUCAGCUCUAUGACAUCAUCAUCCUUUGCCACAAUCAACAAAAGGAUGCAAGGCAAAAUACCAACUUCCCUUGUUCAAGUGCCAGCGAAUGCAUCUUCAGCUGGUGUGGCAACAACAAGAGUUCUGCAGACACAGCCGCGUCAGGUCAGCAGCUCUCUUGCAUCAGGCACGGCAACAUCAAUAACACUGGGUGCUACCACCAGCUUAACACCGGCAUCAUCAGCAGCUGUGGUCAGUCAGAUUGGACUACAAACUUCCUCGUCAGUUGCUACUGCAAGUCAUAAUCUUCCAGUUGCUACAACGCAGUUUGGUGUUCCGCAAGGAGUGAAACUGACUCCCCAACAGCUUACAUUACUGAGGCAACAGCAGCAGCGGCAGGCACAAAUGAAAAGGAUACAUCAAGCAGAACAGAUCAAGCAGCAACAACUCAAACGCAUCCAGAUUCAACAAGUUAAUCAAGGGCAAGUCAAUCAGGGGGCUGUUGCUUCCAAUACAAGCACAAUGCCAAAGCCAGGUACAGUGCAGCAGCAGGCCACUGUACAGCAGCAGCAGCAACAACAGAAACAGCAGCAGCAGCAGAUUGCAAACCUACAGCAAGCUGCUAUACUGAAGAAGGCUCCUCAGACGAUCACCCAGCAACAGCUUCAACAGCUCCUGAGUAAGCAGCAACUGGCACAGUUAACACCUUCGCGACAGUUACAGCUGCAGCAUCAGCUUCAACAGCGGCAACAACAGCAGAUGUUAAAAAAUAUGGCAUUACGUCAACAGCAGCAGGCUGUAGGAGGAGUGACUACCAUCCACGGUGCACAGGGAGGCCAGAUGGCUACUGCCACUGCUAGUGUGGCAAAACCAAUGACGUCGCAGGCUCAACUGCUUGUUGCUCAGCAACAACAGCAGCAGGUGGCGAGCACUGUGCAGGUGAAGAGUCAAGUUACUCAGUCUGUGGUCAAGCUGGGGACAGCACAGGUUCAACAUCAACAGCAGCAGCCACAGCAGCCUCAGCAGAUGACAACUGUCACCCUUCAGAGGACUGCUGGCCCUACUGUACAGCUACUACAGCAGCAGCAAGUACAACAGCAGCAGCAACAACAACAGCAACAGCAGCAGCAGCAACAACAACAGCAUACAUACGCUAUGAGGCAGCGCAAGCACUGACAUAGUGCUCCUCUUUUCUUAUGUAAAGUAGUUUUGUAAGAAAAUGAAAUGAUAUAUGAAUUAACACAAUUUUCUCGUAGAUUUGUGCACACUGUUGAAGAGUAUUGUAUUUCAGUUUUGUCUUUUGGAAAUACUUUAGCCGAAGUCGGAUUAGUAGACAAGGAGACUACAAAACAGCUUUUAUUCUUUCAAAAUAUCCUUACAAACUACUGACCUUCAGUUUUGCCUUGGCGGUCACUUCCAUGACCUCAAUCCUAAACAGCACAUUUACACUUUCUUGAUAUUCGUUGUACCCCGAAAUCAGAAAAUAAUGCGACUGUUUCAAAGGUUAACAGACAAGAUUGUGAUUACAACCCCUGCAGUUUAUCAUAUUAAUACAAACUGAUAUACUCACCUCGUUUUGAUUGCAUGUAACCAGGUAUGAAAAAAAACUUUUGUAACUAGUUGAUGUGAACGACUUGAUGCCAUCCAUUAAGAUGGAAACGGUCUAUGCGGCUCUACCAAGCGUUAUUUAGCCUCUUAAGCAUAAGUGUAUCCUCCUGCAGGCGUGCAGAAAACAUGCCAUUGAGAAACGUGACUAAUAAGAGAAUACUGCAUAUGGAACGAAAUAGCACCGUUUGAAAAAAAAAAAAACAAAAAUCUACAAACGUUGUUUGGCAAGAGGUGCGACAAAGCCAUACAGACUUUUCUACCCGUUGUGUCGCGAGAAUGCUGGCGUCCACCAGUUUUCUAUGCAUUUUCUUUUCAGUAUUUGAACAGUGUCUGUUUUUUUGUUUGUUUCUGUUUAUUUGCUUUUAUUAUCCGCUCAAUUCUGAGCAACCACCUCGCAACGUAGACAGCACUCUAAUGGGUACAAAAAAUAAAUUUGUCCCAAUGCAGAUUUGUUUUCUCUCUUUGCACCAAAAUGUGUCAGGAUUUUUGAAGUAUUUCCCUCGUUUGUAAAUGAGAAGGUCGAUGUUUUUCUUUGAGACUGAAAGAUGUUGACGGGUCUUUUGUGGUCUCACUGGUAUAAAAGCCUUUCAUUAAUUUUCCCUUUUUUUAAUGAGUAACCCCUAGGGGUUUCUAAGAACUAUAUUUUCAACGAAGUUGAUAGUGAUUCUCGUCUUGUUUGCGAAAAUCAGCAUUUUUUCCUGAUAGUGUAGCACAAAUGGAAGACGGAAGAAGAGGGGAUUGUUACCCAUUGCCACAGUGUGAAACAAAUUUUCGAGGAACCGUUCAGUAUAAUUAGAGAAGAGGCAUUUUGUUAUUCAGCUUUGUAAAUAGCAUUAACGUAGUCUGGUUUGUCUUCUUAAAAUAUUGUUUAUCUAAAGAUAGAGUAUUAAAGAAAGUGUUAGUCCUA